GGAGAGAAUGCUUUCUAACUUAUUCAGUGAGGCCAGCAUUGCCCUAAUACUGAGCCAGAUAAAGACACUACAAGGAAACUACAGACCAAUACUCCUUAAGAACAUUAAUAUAAAAAUCCUCCCUUUCCAACCCGGGACGGGCAGGAUGGCUCCGGCAAAGAAGGGCGGUGAGAAGAAGAAGGGCCGGUCCGCCGUCAACAAGGUGGUGACCAGAGAAUACACCAACAACAUUCACAAGCGCAUCCAUGGAGUGGGUUUCAAGAAGCGUGCCCCUCAGGCACUCAAAGAAAUCCGGAAGUCUGCCAUGAAGAAGAUGGGAACUCCAUAUGUAUGCAUUGACACCAGGAUCAACAAAGCUGUCUGGGCCAAAGGAAUAAGGAAUGUCCUAUACCAUAUCCGUGUGCGGUUGUCUAGAAAACGUAAUGAAGAUGAAGAUUCACCAAACAAGCUCUAUACGUUUGUUACCUAUGUAUCUGUCACCACUUUCAAAAAUCUACAGACAGCUAAUGUGGAUGAGAACUAACUGUGCUUGUUCAAUAAAGUUACAGAACCAC